ACUUUCAUUUCUCUGUCUCUCUUCUCUCUCUAUUACGGUAUAGAUCUCUGCCACAAACACAAUUAGUGGAAUCUCUCCACACGUCCACUAAAAUUAGCCGUUACCAUUACUUCUCUCCUCUCUCAUCUGUGUCUUCAAUGGCUUCUCUUCGCUUUUCUGCUCUAAUUCUAGGGCUUUUACUCGCGAUUUCCCAAAUCUCGCCAUCACAAUCUCUCACUUGUACCACACAGUCCUUCACGAACAAGCUCUACGAAUACUGCAGCGAUUUGACACAGUUGAGCUCCUACCUCCACUGGACCUACUACUCCUCCAAUUCGACUCUCUCCAUAGCCUUCGUCGCUCCUCCGGCGCAAUCCGACGGCUGGAUUUCAUGGGCCAUAAACCCUACAGCCACCGGAAUGGUCGGGUCUCAGGCUUUCGUAGCCUUCAAGAACUCGAACGGUGUGAUGACUGUGAAGACCUUCAAUAUCAGUUCCAAAAGCUUGAACGCGCCUUCGAAUCUUUCUUUCGAUUUUACGGCCGUGUCUGCCGAGUCAUCGGGAAGUAUGAUGAGGAUUUUUGCGACGCUGACUUUGCCGAACAACACGGCGACGACUCUGAACCAGGUCUGGCAGGUUGGGCCUUCGGUUACUAAUGGUUCUCCGAACCCGCAUGCUUUUCAGGCCGCGAAUCUUAACUCUAUAGGAACCCUAGAUUUGUUGAAGGGACAGAGCAAUGGUGUUACCGGAGGGGGAUCUAGGACAAGGAGGAAAAAUCUUCAUGGGGUUUUGAAUGUUGUGAGUUGGGGAAUCAUGUUUCCUGUUGGAGCCAUCAUCGCAAGGUACCUGAGAACUUUCCAGUCGGCCGAUCCUGCAUGGUUUUAUCUCCACGCCCUUUGCCAGUCUUCUUCCUAUGCUAUUGGGGUUGCUGGAUGGGGAACAGGACUUAAGCUUGGAAGUGAAUCGAAGGGGGUGCAAUACACUCAUCAUCGCAACAUUGGGAUUGCACUCUUCUGUCUAGCAACUGUGCAGGUUUUUGCAUUGCUCCUAAGACCACGGAAGGACCACAAGUUCCGAUUUUACUGGAAUAUAUAUCAUCACAGUAUGGGAUAUGCCAUAGUCAUCCUUGGCAUCAUCAAUGUGUUUAAGGGGCUAGACAUCUUGCUACCUGCAAAGAAGUGGAGAUCGGCUUACAUAAUUGUGAUCUCUGGGUUGGGUAUUAUUGCUAUUUUGUUGGAAGCAAUUACAUGGGUUGUAGUCUUGAGGAGGAAGUCUAACAAGUCAACUAAGCCCUAUGAUGGAUACAACGGACAAGGCAGGCAACAGCCCUUUGCGUCAUGAUCUAUUGAUGCAAUGAGUUUCCAUGUGAGUGUCUAAUUCUGUGUCAUCAUCCCCUUCUCAUCACCAGUUGUUUGAGAUGUCACAAGGUUUAUUAUCUAUUAGAGAGAGACAGACUUCCCUUUUCUAUUCAUCAUUUGUAUAAUGUCUGGGUCACACAUUGGAUAUCCUUGUAGUAUAGUAGAAUAUACAUAGGGAUUGUUGAGUUCCAUUCUUUCUUGUUCUGUGUGGUUUUUUGUUAGUGCCCUUUUAAAUGGAUUUUUGGAUUGUUGUCUCCUAAUAUGUGACUUUGGGCCAUUUACGCAA